UCCUCGGCCCCUCUCCCCGCGCCUCAGCCCGGAGCCCCGCGGCGACCGAGCUCUCGCCGCCAGGCCCUGCCGCGCUGCUGCCCCCAGGGCUGCCGCCCGCCCCGCCCCUCAGCUCCUAGGGCAACCGGCAGAGGCGGCGGCGGCGGCGGCAUGAGGGAGGCGGCCGCGGAGCCGCUGCAGGAGCCGGCGGCCGGGGAUGCGGGAAACGGCGCCUGUGCGGAGCCGGCGGGGAGCGGCCCCUGCGGCCAGCGCUGGAAGAAAUUUGUAUAUGUUGAGCCACCUAAGAGAGUUAAGGAAGUACUUGAAGAAGAGCUUUAUUUUCAGAGAGAUGGAUACCAAAUUAAACAUCCAGCUGCAGUGGCUCUGGAAGGAAUAUGGAGUGUGAAAAGAAAUUUCUCCGUGGGAGGCUUGAAGCCAACAUCACAGAACAGAAACAGUUUACUUUCACAGCCCAAGUACUAUUCCAGGCAUGGAGGAAUAAGAAGAUAGCCCCAGUGAAAAGCAACAUCUCCCUUUCUGGAGGACAUGGGUCAGGGCCGGCACCUCCAUGUGUUACCAAGCCUACGAUUAUUUCAAACUCAAAGUACCACGAUAUAGACUGUGUAUUAUAUUUUGUACAAUAAAAUAAUAAAGCCA